GCGCGCGUUAAUCCAGGGGUUCCGGGAGCGCGCGCGGAUUGUCCACCAUCUCAGCCUCUCGCACUGUGCACCUCGCGCGUCUUAUCGUCCAUCUCCAUAGAGAAUACCCGGCGAUCCUCCACGAGCACUGAGGGAUGAAACGGAAAAGAACGUAUGCCUGUCACCACAGCAAUGAGUGAGUCGACGUCCAUUCACUCUGCAACACUUGUUUCACUGGCCCGAUCCCUGUCUGGGAUUGGGCUUGAUGCUGCCAACGGAGGUCUCGUCAACCCCCUGGAGAAUGACGAGCCUCCUCCACCGGAGUCUGGCAUAGAUCUCGGCCCUGGGCUUUAUUUCUCUGAUGGCAAGAGAAAGGUGGACUACAUCCUUUGCUACAAAUACAAGAAAAGACGAGCAUCCAAGUCCCGUCUGUCCAUUGCAUCCAACGGGAGUAUACCAGCACCGUUACCAGGCAGAUGGGACAAUGACCCAGAUGCUGGGGCAGGAGAACCAGAGGAGUCGAAGCUGACUGAGGAGGAAAAGGCGUUAAUGAGAGAUGAGUUUGAAGCUGGACUGGUGGAAGCUGGACUGCAAUUGGAGCGAGAAAAGGAGAGAUCAAAUGGAUUGGGCUUUAUUCGGCUGCACAUCCCAUGGUCGAUACUCAGUCGAGAAGCAGAGCUGCAGAAGAUCAAGGUCCCUGUAAAAAAGAAGUGUGACUUGCGAAAGCGGACUGGCAUUGCUGGAAUAUGGGACUCCAUUGUUACCAAAGUCAACACACCGUUUCAGCCAGAUGUUCCUGAUUUGGAUGUUCACAAAGACUCACAGACACAUGUCCAUUUCAAAACCCUCAAACACGCUUUUAUCAGAGACAAACUCCAUAUGUAUGACAUCAAGUCAACAGAAACUGUAUUUGACAAUGCUACACGCAGCAGAAUAGUUGCUGAGAUCAUUUCACGUAUUACCUGCAGGCAAACUUGCCAAACCACUGGAAUCAAUUCGUUACUGGCUCGAGGUGUAUAUAUCUCUGCCUUCCCUCUACAUGAUGGGUCGUUCACAAGGAGAGGAAGGAAAGAUCAGCGAAAUGACAGACAGAUCCUCCAUGAAGAAUGGGCUAACUAUGGAGUCAUGCAUAAAUACCAACCUGUGGACCUGAUCAGGAAAUACUUUGGAGAACAGAUUGGAUUGUAUUUUGCUUGGCUGGGUGUUUACACUCAGCUCCUCAUCCCUCCCUCUGUACUGGGCAUCAUCGUCUUCCUAUAUGGAAUAUUUACUGUCGAUGCCAAUGUACCAAGUCAGGAAACGUGUAAUGAGAGCCUGAACAUCACCAUGUGUCCACUUUGUGAUGGAGUAUGUGAUUACUGGCAGCUGAGCACAGUCUGCUCAUUGGCCCGCGCAUCAUAUCUAUUUGACAACGGAGCCACUGUUCUAUUUGCUAUUUUCAUGUCUCUAUGGGCUGCCUGUUUUCUUGAGCACUGGAAAAGGCGACAGAUGUGUCUGAAACAUGCUUGGGAUCUGACGAGCUUGGAGGACGAGGAGGAGCGAGUCCAGGAAGAUCUGAGGCCCGAAUAUGAAGCUGCUCUGCAGGAGAAGAAGGAUAAAAUAAAAGCUCAGUCCAAAAAGAAGACUAAAAAUGAGGAUGGUGUAGAUGGAGAAACAGACCAGAUGCUGACCUCCCAGCAAGAGCCAGAGUCCCUGGACAUUGAGGAUCACCUGUCAGGUUACCUCAUCAAUGUGUCCACUUUACUAUUUCUGGUAUUUGUGACGUUCUCUGCAGUAUUUGGAGUGGCAGUUUAUCGUAUCUGCAUGCUUAGUGUUUGGUCCAUGAACCCUGAUCCUGAAGCCAAGGCCAGUGUGAGGAUGACUGUCACCACCACUGGCAUCGUCCUCAACAUGCUGGUUGUCCUGGUCUUGGAAGAAGUCUAUGGAGCAAUUGCUGUGUGGCUGACUGAGCUCGAACUCCCAAAGACAAAAGAGGAGUUUGAAGAGCGGUUGAUCUUUAAGUCUUUCUUUCUCAAAUCCAUGAACGCCUUCGCACCUAUUUUCUAUGUGGCCUUCUUCAAGGGCAGAUUUGCUGGACGGCCUGGUGAUUAUGUUUACGUUUUUGGGGAUUAUCGCAUGGAGGAGUGUGCACCCCCAGGAUGUCUCAUUGAACUGUGCAUCCAGCUCAGUAUGAUCAUGCUUGGAAAGCAGCUCAUCCAAAACAACGUGUUUGAGGUUCUCAUACCAAAACUAAAAAAGAUGUACAGAACAAUGCAGGAACAAAAAGGAGAGAAAAGAGCAGCAGAUGAUGAUUUGAAUGAAAAUGAAGAGAAAAGACCUAAGCAACAAUUUCACAAAGAUUUUGUACUGGAGCCUUUUGAAGGAGUGACUCCAGAGUACAUGGAAAUGAUAAUCCAGUAUGGGUUCGUGUCUCUGUUCGUGGCCUCCUUUCCACUGGCACCAGCGUUUGCUUUACUCAACAAUGUCAUUGAAAUUCGACUUGAUGCUGGAAAAUUUGUCACAGAGAUCCGGAGGCCUGAUGCUGUGAGGUGUAAAGGCAUAGGGAUUUGGUACAACAUUCUCUGUGGAAUCAGCAAGUUCUCUGUCAUUACCAAUGCAUUUGUCAUCUCCUUCACAUCGGAGUUUGUUCCACGAAUGGUUUACCAGUACAUGUACAGUACAAAUGGAACCAUGACUGGCUACACAGACCAUUCACUGUCCUACUUUAACGUCAGCAACUUCCCACCGGGGACCGCACCUGCAAACGCCACAGUCUCCAUGUGCAGGUACAAGGACUACAGAGACCCACCAUGGGGACCAGAUGCCUACACCUUCUCUAAACAGUACUGGUCUAUUUUGGCUGCAAAACUGGCCUUUGUCAUUUUCUUCCAGAACCUUGCCAUGUUCCUCAGUAUGCUGGUUGCCUGGAUGAUCCCAGAUGUUCCACGGUCUCUACGGGAGCAGCUAAAAAGAGAGAACAUGAUGCUGAUGGAGUUUCUGCUCAAUCAAGAUCAAGAAACUCGUGCCAAAACUCGCUCCCCACGAUGUUCUGUACCCUGCUUCCCCACCAGCAUAGACAUCGUUGUGGAGGAACCACUUGAACAUCCAGAAGGGCAGCAAGCACAGAAGAAUGAGGAGGACGAUGGAGAUGGGGAGGCUAACAUCAAUCUGGAUGAACACAGAGAUACUCCUGACAGUGAUCCAGAAAUUGGGAAGUCAUUCUUAGAAGCUGCAGAAAACAAAGAUGAACUACAAGGAAUUCAAGGAGAGGAUGUACAUGAAGAGAAUGAAGGGGGGCAAAAGGAAACAGAUAAGGAGCUAAAUGAACUGAAUGAAAAAGAAGACAAUGAGGAAAAAGGAGAAGAAGAAAAAGUGGAAGGAGAGAAAAGAAAAGAUGAGGAAAACUUCACUGUUGAUUUGGAUGCUUUCAUGAAUGAGAUGGGCAUCUUAGAUGAAGACCCCACAUCAAGCACAACUGGAAACACACUUCCUCAUUCAAGCUCCAAACAGGACCACAAGAAAGACCAAGAGCCUCCAUCCCAUCCUGAUCCACCAUCUAAAAGAGGCUCAGCUCAGAGUCUGAAGGGCUCCAGAACAGAAAUUUCUUCAGACAUUGACAGCAGACUGUAUGCACUAAUUGCCCCUCCUCCUCCCAGAGAGCAAGGCUCAAGGGCAAAGGCCCGCUGCUCCACCCUGCCUUCCCGCCACAAAGGGGCUGAGGCGUGUUACAGCCUGCCACGGCCCAGCCACUCCACAAGCCUCACAAGGUUCCAGCAGAAUACUGCACUUACUCCCCUGGUUCCCCUGGGCUCUUCAUUAUCUGCCUCAUCCAGCCCUUUUUCUCCCACACAUACGCCGGUGUCACCAUUAUCUCCACAUCCCACGGAUCCCCCAUUAGCCAACCCCGAACCCCCUCAGCCCAAAACCCCCAGUGAACUGUUCGCACUGAAAGGCCCCCCGCCUCAACAGCCACGCUCUAGGGGCAAAGUUCGGUGCUCCACUCUGCCUCCACGACAAAGAGCCCCCGGUCCUGAGGAGCACUCCACCAAGCCUAGCCAUUCCACCAGCUUUACAAAGCUGGGAGACCGCAUACCCCCUUCCCCCAGUGAACUGAAGCGCAACACAGCAGUAUGAGGAGAGGCAGAAAGGAGGGGGAGGACUAUCCAGAUUAGACUCGCCUGUCUGGAGCCUCCCCCUCCGUCUUCCCUCCUUACCUGCCUACAUAAUACCAGGGGUUUAAAGAGACUACCUUGACCUCAGGAGACCCUUGUUUUAACCUGUUAUUUGUUACUGACAUUUAUACACGAAUCUGGGAUUUAUGGCUGAUCCUGACAAAGAGAGUUCUGGACAGUUCAGAAAAAGACUGCAAUACUCUGAAACUCUCUUUGCCACGCCUGAAAGAAUUCCACUGGGACUUUAAUUAUUUCUAUUGUUGUUUGUUUUUUUUUGUGUUUUUGCCCACAGCCACAGCUCAGUAGCCAACAUUACUCUGUUAUUGUCAGCAGUACUGCCUUUUAGACCAGAGGAAGAUGAAAAAUAUAUAAAGCACAUCUAGUAUCAGCAGUUAUGCUUUUAGACCUACAGUUCCUCUUGAGUGCUGAGUUUUGAUAUAUAAAAAUGUAAAAUUACAAUAAAAGGACAUAUUUUUGAAUUUUU